AGCUCGAUAAUGAAGCUUGCCAAGACACUUAGGACUAACCCUCUGUCAGUGAGACCGAAAGGUUAUCACAGUUUCGAUAUCUCCAAUGGGAAGGAGAAAGUUCCUGUCUUUCUAUACAAUGACAUUGACAAUGAUCUUGAACCAUUGUUUUACGAAUACCUUGUGAAGACUGUGUUUACACCGGUUAUUCAUGGGGGCAAUACAACUGGAUGCAAUUGUGAAUCAAGUUGUACCAGUGAUUGCCUUUGCGCCAUCAAGAAUGGAGGCAAGUUUGCAUACGACUUCAAUGGGAAACUAGUGAGAGGGAAACCUGUGAUAUUUGAAUGUGGAAGUUCAUGUAAGUGUCCUCCCGGUUGCAGAAACCGUGUCACUCAAAGGGGUCUGAGAAAUACAUUAGAGGUUUUCCGGUCACAGGAAACUGGUUGGGGAGUUCGUUCUUUGGAGAUAAUACAUGCUGGAGCUUUCAUUUGUGAAUAUGCAGGAGUUGCUUUGACUAGGGAACAAGCCAAGAUUCUGUCAAUGAAUGGUGAUAUGUUGGUUUAUCCUGGCCGAUUUAGUUCAGUCAGGUCUGAUUCUUGGGGAGAUUUAUCUCAGGUACACGUGAAUCAAGAACGUUCAUCUUAUCCUUCGCUUCCACCUCUAGACUACGCAAUGGAUGUCUCGAAGAUGAGGAACAUUGCCUGUUACAUAAGCCACUGUACUGAUCCAAAUGUCAUGGUCCAGUUUGUUCUGUAUGAUCAUAACAAUCUGAUGUUUCCUCGAGUUAUGCUUUUUGCUAUGGAGAACAUCCCGCCUUUGAUGGAGCUCAGUCUUGAUUAUGGAGUGGCCGAGGAAUGGAGCGAGAAGCUUGCUAUCUGUAGUUAAGAGUAAUCCUUGGAAAAAGUUUUAUCUACUUUUGUUAUGAUGCAAGAACUAACAGCUCGAGGUGAUUAUCGAUUUUUCAGGUAAUGUUCUCUUUACCUCCAUGGAUGGAAGCUUUGGAACUUAUCACAUCUUUACCCCCUUCACGGUCGAAACCUAGUAGUUUCUUUGCUAUUUAUUUAGCCUUUAAUAAACCUAGUGAGAGUAUUGCAUAUAUAAACAAAGCAUAUAGUUUCUCUUCUCUAUGCAUAUAUGUCAAGUUGGUUUCAUGUUAUUAUUUGAUGAAAUCUGUCUGAUUACGCAGUUAACUAAGAGAUCUCGUUUGAUGCGAUCAGGAUAUAGUUUCAGUUUUCGGGUUUGAUAAGUUUGUUGUGGUUUCUGUCCAUAAUGGGUUUGACUGUAAAGAAGAGUGAUAUGGCAUUGUACUUACAAGUACAUGAUCAUCACUCCGAAAAUGAGGCAUCAUAUUACGUGCUUUUAUA